AUGAAUCUCGUCAACUCGUUGAAAGGACUAUUUUUUUAUUUAUUCUUAACCGUCGCUGCACUUUUUACUCUGAUUUUCGCAUUUACACCAGCUGCUUCACUGAUAUUCAUUCAUCGACAAUUCCAUUUUCGUAUAUGCUCUUUCAUCGUCGGCCAUUUUCUUCUAGUGAUAACCUGUCUUUUGGAAGAUUUCUUGAACAUCAGAGUCGUUAUCACCGGUGAUGAGUUGACCAAACCGAACGUGCGCUCGAUUAUCCUAUUAAACCAUCGAACGCGACUCGAUUGGAUGUACAUAUGGAUGUUACAAAGUCGAUUUAAACUUCUUGAUCAGCUGAAAAUCGCUUUAAAGUCGGGAAUCAAACGUAUUCCUAUAAUCGGUUGGGGAUGUUAUCACAACGGUUUCCUUUUUCUUCAUCGUCAAUGGGAGAAGGACCAAGAUGAAAUGAAGAAGACUAUUGAAUACUACAAAUCAUCUCAAACGCCAGUCUCCUUAUUGAUUUUUCCGGAGGGAACGAAUUUACAUAACAAAACCAAACUGAAAAGUAAUACCUAUGCUUCAAAACAAACAACUUUCAAUCGACCUUACGAGUAUUGUCUUCAUCCGCAUACAACCGGUUUUACAUAUUUGCUUAAAACAAUGCGAUCGAAUGACAUCAUUGAUACUGUUGACGACAUAACCAUUGGUUAUGAAGGAGAAAUCUCAGUAACAGAACUUGAUUUACUGAAAGGUCAUUUUCCGAAAAUAAUUCAUUUUCACAUUAAACGUUAUGAUGUGAAUGAGUUACCAGAAGAAGAUGAACAAGUCAGUGAGUGGUUAAAGAAAUGUUGGGAUGAAAAAGAAAAUCGACUAGAGGAAUUUUAUACUACAUAUCAAUUCGAUCUUCCAUCAAAACGAUUUCGCAACCAUCGAACAGAAGCGAACGUGCAAGUUGAACGUCGAUUAGCUUUACUUUUAUUAAUCAUAUUCAUUAUAUUUUGGUCGUACUGCUUUGUUGCUUAUACUUCGACACUGACGACAUUUUGGAUUAAUCACAAACAAGUCGACGCUGAAGGAGCUCACUAUUUAUGCAAUGCAUUGAAAUUGAACAAAACAUUGACUGAUCUCAGUAUUUAUCACAAUCGAAUUGAAGUUCAAGGUGCACAGUGCCUAAGUGAUGGACUGCAACAUAACAAAACACUCGCUACACUUUGUCUGGAACAUAAUCAAACUAGGAAUAGAUGA